AAAAUUAAAAUAUACUUAUCUCUCAUUGUAAAGGCUACACCUUCUACCUUCUUCUUCCCUCUUUUGUUUUCCAAUUUUCCUCACAUAAUUAGGGCAAUAUUAGCAACCUAAUAGCUGACUGAUCUCAUUGAUCAUAUAACUGUGAGGAAACGUGUCAUAUUAGAGGUCUAAUGAAAAACGUUGAAAAGAAUUUCCAAAUAUCAAUGGCCUGUUUGGCUGUAGUUAUAGUAUUUAUAGGUUUGUACACUCAAUCUUUAAACAAAAUUAUAGUCACUUACUUUAUUGGUAUUUUAGGGAUCCUUGGUGUGUUUUUACCUGAUUGGGAGUCCUUUGAUCAAAGUGUCUCGCAUUGGGGCACUCCUUUCAAAGUGGAUGAGUUCACCACUGAGUCUUGCAGAUCGGUCAGGUUUAGAUUUUAUCCAGUCAGAAUGGCUAUCUUCACAAUUUUAUAUGGAUUUGGUGUAUACAAGUGGUGGAUGUUUAUAUCCACUCAAUAAAUUCACAUUAAUGCACCCAUAUUUGGUAGUUUUUUUUUUCUUUUUUUUUGUUGGGUGUGUGUUUGAUUUUAACAUCUUUAGAUUAAGAGUCAGACUGCAAAUAAAAACAAAAGAGAGGAAUUGUCCCUUUAUGUAUAUAUAAUAAGUAAUUUUCGACAU